AACCAAAUGAAAUUAUUAUAUCUACUCAAGAUAAUAAUGAUUAUGAUACUCUAUCUGAAGAAAGCUCACCUAAUCAACUUAAAAAGAAAUGUCAUGGUGGGCCUAAACGAGAUUUAGUUUGGGACUAUAUUGAUAUUAGUAACCAUUUAGAAGUUUGGCAUUAUGGUGCAAGUUGUAGGCAUUGUUUACUUGCAUGGAAUUAUGAAAAGCUACAAAUUCUUAAACAACAUUAG